UUUGCUAACCAUUCUUAUCUUGUGGCGUACGAAAGUCAUUUCUUUCGCCUCUCACGAAAGAAAUUCCAAGUAUAUACUUCGCCUCUUUGAAGCUUACCGAGCUCAUGGUUUUAGUCAUUCAUCCUCGUGCUAGAAAUUAAUUUCAUUGAGCUUGUUAUUGUACGCAAAGGAACAAUACUUAAAUUAAUCAUCCCUAAGUUAUAGUGUUGGGAAAAUGAAUGUCAAGAACAUGAUCCAAAAGGGUCGGCAAUUGCACGUUUAAGCAACCAUGAAGUUCCUUUCUUCAUAUUCUCCUUCAAGAAAAGAAUUCAGAGACAAGAUACAGCCAUAAAAAUAAGUAGAAUAACAAAUGCUAGGAUUUUACCGGUUACUGCGCCUUGGCCAAAACCCUCCAAGGGGUGCAAUAUUUCAACAAGUACAAGGGAAUGGAAUCCUUAACCUAAACAAAAUAAGAUCAAGUUUUGGAUGUGUCACGUCCUCUCCACGCAUGCCGCAUAAAGGAUUGGAGAAUGUCACGGUCUCUGAGGUACUAAUGACUAAAGGGGAAGAAAAUAUCGGUUCCUGGCUUUGGUGCAGAGUUGAUGAUUCUGUUAUUAAUGCAAUGAAGAGUAUGGCUGAUAACAACAUUGGAUCAUUGGUGGUAUUAAAACCAGAGGGUCAAUAUAUAGCAGGCAUUGUCACAGAAAGAGAUUGCUUGAAAAAAAUAGUUGCACCAGGAAGAUCUCCCUUACACACACAAGUUGGUCAAAUAAUGACUGAUGAGAAUAACCUGAUAACGGUGACCUCUGACACCAACAUUCUUCAAGCUAUGAGAAUUAUGACAGAGAAUCAUAUCAGGCAUGUUCCAGUUAUAGAUGGGAAAAUAGUUGGUAUGAUUUCCAUUGUAGAUGUGGUGCGAGCAGUGAUGGAGCAGCAAAGUGGAGAAUUGAAGCGACUCAAUGACUAUAUCAAAGGAGAAUACUAUUAGCAAAACAAUUCAAGCAUGGAUGCGGAUUUGUUGAUGCCAAAUUCAUGUGCCAAAACAGAAUACACCUUUAUAUUUCAUAAUAAAUUAAAUUGAAUUUGAUUAUAUUUUACAA